GCUACUGACGAAUCUAAAGUUGUGGGGAUAGUCUUGCCCGUCAUUGCGACGGUGGUCACUUCAUUCCGUUUGUUCCUGCGCAUACGACAACACCGUCUCUGGCUGGACGAUGCAUGGGCAGCGCUUGCCAUGGUACUCAAUGUCGUUUACAUGGUAGUAGGCUCGCUUUAUCUGGAUGACUACGGUGAGGUCGCCAAUGUUUGUAGGUUGUCCAGGAUCUCAAUUUUGUUCACGGUCGUGCGACUGACUUUUCCUGGCUCGUUGAGGAGAUUGCUAGUACGCACUGCCAUCGCAUUUGUGGUUACAUGGAUGAUCCUUUUCGCGCAAGUCUUUUGGACCUGUGAAGCAGAACCUGGUUGGAAAAUGCAACCACGCCCUCAGUGCGAUCUAGGUAGAAAUGUUGCCAUUGCGCAGAUAAUCACCGAUGUGAUUGGUGAUACAAUCUUAAUACUAGCUCCAUUCCGUCUGAUCUACAAAGUUCGGCUCAAUAAAGCUCAAAAGAUUCGACUUUUGUCUAUUUUUUCGGCAUCUGCUGUUACCACUGUUGUCAGCCUCACACACGCGUACUAUGUGCUUUCUGACGGUGGAUUGAGUCAGUCCGCAGCUGCUAUCGUUGAGUCAUCAGUCGGCUUGGUUGUGGCGAACUUGAGCGUAGUCGUCGCUUUCCUCUUCCGCAUCAGCACUGAAGAAACCACAGCCCCCGCUCCGCUGGAGCUCAAGUCCAUAAUCACGUUCGGUUCACAGCCAAUUCGGAAAAGAACACCGCGAAAUCCUCUCUCAAUGUCAGCGAUGGUGGUUGCGAUUGAGACCAAGACAAUAAAAAUUGAUGAUUCCAGCACGUUUCCCAAGCAAGCUGCUGGAAGAGACAGCGACGAUGCCGAAACUGUAUCCCUUGAAACGCUUGCUCAGCCAGGUGAUUUCUGCGACACUCAAUAGAAGUGUUAUACAUAUAUAUAUUCUGUCAUCUGCAUUCUCCCUAUGGUGGUCAUCAUUCCAAAUAAUCCCCGUCCUAAGUGACUCGGGAGGUGCCGCCCGGCGGCUUGCUUAUACACAUUUUAGACGACAUGCGAGCACGAGACAUGUGAGACUGCGAUCAGAGAAAUAGAAUUUUAUGACCGUAAUACAGCACUGCGAACACUACACUACAAACAUGAGACAGAGCUUGAACACAAAACUGCGAACGAUCGCAAUACAGGAUUGCGAACACCUGCCCGGAAUUGUUGGUGGAAGACGAGGGAGAAUAUAAGUAAUUAUUGGCACACACUCGUAUAAGCGGCGUCUUCUUGACAGAAGCCCACUCCCAAGAUUCUCCUUGUCCAUUUCGAUAUCACUUCAGAAAUAUC